ACACACACACACACAUAAGCAGCAAAUGAUAUUUUCAUAACCUCAAAAAAAGUAGUGCUUUUGCCAUCGAAUUUUCUCAAUUUUCAUAUAAUUUUACGGGUGAAUAGUGCUUUUAAGCAAGUGAAAAUGAAUCAGGCGGACGUUUCGAAGCUGAUGUCACAGCUAAAAUUUGCUGUGAUGCCAUCUCACCGAAGACUGCGAUGCCCGCAGGGACCGGAAGGCAGGAUGCUCAAACUGCGGAAAACUGUAACAGCUCUGUUUAAGAAUGAACGGAUAGAGCUGUACUACAGUAGAGCUGAUGAGGCUCGAGGGUAUGCUGAACAGCUCAUAAAUGAAGCCAUCCGAUAUGGAGAUUGCCACAAGGCGACAAUGGAAUUAGCUGAUUUCUGGCUUUUGGACAAACAAUGUGUUCACAAACUCUUUAAAGUCUUCGUGCCACGCUACCAGAACUACAAUGUGUCGUACACGAGGAUGUACAAAGCACCUCGAGAGUAUCCUGGAUGGUAUUUCAAGAGAGCCGUACUUGAACUUCGCGGGAAUCCUUUCCCACCACUCGUACCGGACAAAAUGCAAAAUAGGAACUUCAUCCACAAUGUUCUACUUGAUGAGGCCAAGAGAGCUUAUCGUCAGGAGAAAUAUGCCGAGAUAGCCCAGAGUCUGAAAGUUGCAGAAAAUCUGAGUACAUCCGUGGCAAAAGAUGAUGCCGGAAGUAGCAGUGAAGAUGAAGUGGACAGGAAAAAAUAGCCUAAGAUUAAUUGCGAUAGAAUCUAGUGUAAAUAAAAAAGGUAAAUAUUGCA